UUCUUUCUUUUUUCCCUAAUAAAUCGGAUGCACGAUUAAUUGUUUUAAGUAUGUGUGUUGGUAUCUACUUAAUAGAAAAAGAAUCACUCAAAUAUUUAAGAUCCCACUUCAGUUUGGUCAUACUUUGUUAAUUUAACUUGUUUUAUGUUUGCUUAGUUCUAUUGGAUUGGCUGUUGACCUUUCAAGAUUUCAGAGUUGCGUGCUUGUGUUUUCUGAUGGUUUGGAGUAUUGCAACCAAAAAUGUGUACAUAUAAAUUGUAAAAAUAUUUAGUCUAGUGCAUUUAUCUACAAUGCUUCUUUACUCUUGGUCUACAAACUGAUGUUUUUAUAUGAUUUUAAGUUAUAAUUUUGGAAUAGAUCGCUAAAUCAAACAGGAGACUAUUUCAUUUGGAUUUUAGUUUAGCUUUGUAUUGUUUAUAUGAUAUAUGUUGAAGAUAAAAAUUUCGGCAAGUUAUUAAUAAUAUAUAGACUAUAUUUCUGAAUAUUAAUCUAAGAAACUUGCAGGUUUUGUAAAUUAUUUAAUUGGUAUAGUCAAAGGAUGCAUAGCUUUUUUUUGUCAAAGGAUGUAUAGGUUGCUUAUAUAAAAUCAAACAGUUCCCAAAAUAAAUUAUGAGAGCUUUCGAAAAGAAUAUCAAAGGAGAAUAAUGGAGAAGGAAGAUUUCUUGAGGAGUGGCCAUGGAAAAGAAGAAAGAACCGAGGAGAUGAGAGAACUUGAUUCUCAUCAAGAAUACGACCAUAUUAUCAGAUCUAAGUUGGACUCAAUUAAAGUCGAAAUGGAGGAGGCUAAAGAGGAAAACCGAAGGUUAAAGGCAUCAUUGAGUAGAACAAAAAAGGAGUUUGAGAUCCUUCAAACAAAAUACAACCAAUUAAUGGUACAACAUGAAGACCCGAAUAAGUUCUCACCAAAAGGCCAUCAUCAACAUAAAGAAGAAGAUGAAGCCAAAGAAAGAACUAGUGAGCGUGAAGAACUUGUCUUGUUGAGCCUAGGUAGACGGUCAAAAUCACCGGUUCCAAGUGGCUCGGUGACGAGUAAAGAAAAGAAAAUGAAAGACUCCAUGGAGGAAACCGAUGAUGACAAAAAAAUUGAUGAACAAAGGUUAAGUAUGGGAUUUGAAUACAGAGAUUUGAGUAAUCCUAGUGAGAAGUUAGAGUUUGACCAUAGGGAGGUUAGUAACAGUAAUAAAAUCCCAUCAGAGAAUAGUUUUGGGUUUAAGAAUGAUGGAGAUGAGCAUGAAGAUGAAGAAGAGCCUUUGCCUCAAAACAUUGCUAAGAAAACUAGGGUUUCUGUGAGAGCAAGAUGUGAGACACCGACGAUGAACGAUGGAUGUCAGUGGAGGAAGUAUGGCCAGAAAAUAGCUAAAGGGAAUCCCUGUCCUCGAGCUUACUAUCGUUGUACCAUUGCACCUUCUUGUCCCGUUAGAAAACAAGUACAAAGAUGUUCAGAAGAUAUGUCUAUACUUAUCUCAACUUACGAAGGAACACACAGCCAUCCACUUCCCAUGUCAGCAACCGCCAUGGCCUCUGCCACUUCCGCCGCAGCCUCCAUGCUCCUCUCCGGAGCCUCCUCCUCCUCCUCCGCAGCCGAUCUUCAUGGCAUUAACUUCUCUCUCUCCAGCACUCCAAAACCACUUCUCCAAACUUCUUCAGGCCAUCCCACCGUCACUCUCGACCUCACAACCUCCUCCUCGUCCCAGCAACCAUUCUUAUCAUUGCUCAAUAAGUUCACUGCUCCUCCUCCGAGUAAUGUCUCAAGAGCUAAUAGUUACCCUUCGACCAAUCUCAACUUCUCAAACAAUACCAACACAUUGAUGAACUGGGGUAACCGCAACGAGCAAUACCGUGCACCUUACGGAAACAUUAGCACCCAUCAACAAUCACCUUACCAACAUAUGAUUCAAACCCGAGCCGCUGGGUUAUCUUUUGACCAAUUUGGAAGAUCGUCUUCAUCUUCUCCACAUCCCACACCAAACAGUCUUGAUAUCAAGAAUAUCACUCAUCAAGUGCAAUCUUUACCGGCGGAAACAAUCAAAGCGAUCACAACAGAUCCACGUUUCCAAUCGGCUUUGGCGACUGCUCUAUCUUCCAUCAUAGGCGGCGACUUAAAGAUGGAUAAUAUGACUAGAAAUGAAGACGAGAAGAGCCCUUAAAGAAAGUGUUCUAUAUAUGUUCUCAUACAUUGGUAUAUGGGAUUCGUUUUACAAGUUUCCUAGACUCCUAGUUGAUUUAUACUUUCGUUUUUAAUCAUAAUUUUAAACUUUUUUAUUGGAGUUUAUGGAAGUAAUGUGUACAUAUAUAUUUGUAUGUUAAAGGUGUACAUCUAUUUGACCAAAAAAAAAAGAAAAAGGUGUACAAUGUCAAACAUGAACAUAUGUGUCCCAUUUAACGACAUAGUUGAUUAGUUUAUCUAUUACGUGAGGAUCAUGGCAUCUAUAUAUAUCAGGUCAG